UUAUAUAACCCCCACCAGUGCUUCCCCCCUUCAAUCAUUCAGCAAUCCUUCAUAACCCUCUCUCGACCCAUUUCCUUUUCUUUUGCAAGCUUCUGAGGAACCCAAUUGUCAUUAGUCUUUCUUGUUUCAUCCUUGCACUAAUUCUGUUCCUUCAUCUAUCCGAAAGACAGAAAAACACAAGGAAAAUGUGUAGCUCCAAUGCCAAGGUGACCGCAGGUGUUGAAAUAACACCUGCGGUGGCCAGGAUCAAUGGCCGCCCGGUCCUGCAGCCUACUUGCAAUCGUGUUCCUAGCCUUGACCGUCGAAAUUCGUUGAAAAAAAUACCACCCCUGUCCCCUCCAACUCCUCCAUCACUAGCAUCAACGCUCCCAGCAACAAGUGCAACUGUUGGUAAUGGUGGCAGGGCCAAGGCCUCGUUGACACCACCUAUAUCCCCAAAGUCAAAGUCCCCCCGGCCAGCUGCUAUUAAGCGAGGCAGUGAUCCCAAUGCAUUAAACACAAGUUCCGAAAAGGUUAUGACUCCUAGAAACAUCACAAAAACCUUGGAAAGGAAGAAAUCAAAAAGUUUCAAAGAGGGAAUGGGGAAUGGAUUAUCUUCUUGGAUUGAGCCAUCAUUGAGUUAUUCUUCUUCUUUGAUCGUUGAGGCGCCGGGAAGUAUUGCUGCAGUUAGAAGGGAACAGAUGGCACUUCAACAAGCACAAAGAAAGAUGAAAAUUGCCCACUAUGGUAGAUCAAAGUCAGCCAAAUUUGAAUCUAAAGUCGUUCCUCUUGAUACUUCAAGCGCUAUGACUAAGCCUGAUGAGGAAGAGAAGAGGUGCAGUUUUAUCACGCCCAAUUCAGAUCCUGUCUAUGUGGCUUACCAUGAUGAAGAAUGGGGAGUUCCAGUCCAUGAUGACAGUAUGCUCUUCGAGUUGUUGGUUCUAAGUGGUGCUCAAGUUGGCUCAGAUUGGAUUUCAAUCUUGAAGAAACGUCAAGAUUUCAGGGACGCAUUUUCAGGCUUUGAUGCAGAAACUGUAGCCAAGUUCACUGAUAAGGAAAUGACCACAAUUAGCUCAGAAUAUGGUAUUGACAUAAGCAGAGUUCUAGGUGUUGUGGACAACUCCAACCGUAUUCUCGAGGUGAAGGGGGAGUUUGGAUCAUUUGAUAAAUACAUAUGGGGAUUUGUGAAUCACAAGGCAAUCUCCACGCAAUACAAAUUUGGUCACAAGAUCCCAGUUAAGACAUCAAAGUCAGAGAGCAUAAGCAAGGACAUGUUGAGGAGGGGGUUUAGGUGUGUUGGACCAACGGUGGUCCACUCCUUCAUGCAAGCCGCCGGUCUAACCAAUGACCACCUCAUCACAUGCCACAGGCACCUCCCUUGCACCCUGUUAGCUGCCUCAUCUAUAGAUGGAUUGACAUUUAAAAGGAGACAAUGAUGACGGGAGGAGAUAUAUACAUAACUAAACUCAACUGCUAACUAAAUGUUGUUCUUCUUUGGUGUGGCUAUGUACAAUAACAGAUUACAGAUAUAGGAGGUACAAUUAGGGGGACUUGGAAAAGGGUUGGUUUGUUUUUCUUUUUUUUUUUUGGGAUUUGUUUUGUUUGUUUGAAAGCUUUCUAAGAGAGCGAGUGAGUGUGGUGAAAUAGAUUAUCAGAGAGACGAAAGGUUGGGAAGGUGCUUGGGAGGCAGAGAGCAUGUGCAAAUGGGAGGCAGCGGCAUGUGUGGGGUGUCAGUUACUUUUGAAUGCUCCUCCAUGUGAUGUGUGCAAUCGCCCUUUGCAUUAUUUGGGUCUGCCUCUCCUUUUUAACAGCCUGUGGUGGUGGGAUACUUCCUUAGGACCACCAACCAUCCCUUUCCUUUUUCAGUUGGGGUUUGAGUUGUAAUUUUCUUCCUUUUUUAUUUUUUCCUUUAAUCUUUGUUUUCCUAACCUUUCAAGUAAGCUUUGGGAGGAAUAUUAAUGCCCCGAAUGCGUCUUGGAUUUGGUGUGAAUUUUCCAUUUUUCUAGAUGAUGCUUUUGAUACAUUUUUCCAUGUGAUUCUGCACUGUUUGCUACUAAAUACACCUUUUAAAAUGUUUAACUUGACAGGAUUAA